AUGGCACAGCACAUGCUUCUGACCUUGUGCCAUGUUCUCAUGUUGGCUUUGCAUAUUUCUUCAUCUGAGGAUUUUGACUGGACCAAGAAUGAGAAGGGAUCCUUUCAUUAUGGCACUUUCCCUACUGGUUUCUCUUGGGGUGCUGGAAGCUCAGCAUAUCAGACUGAGGGAGCCUGGGAUAAAGAUGGCAAAGGGAUGAGCAUCUGGGAUGUGUUUUCACAUGAAAAAGGGAAAAUCCACCUGAAUGGCACUGGAGAUUCUUCCUGUGAGAGCUACUACUACCUCAAGGAUGACAUCUUGUUAAUGAAAGACAUGAAGCUGAAUCACUACCGCUUUUCUAUUUCUUGGCCAAGGAUCCUACCCACUGGAAUCAAGUCUGAGAAAAUCAAUGAGAAGGGAAUACAGCACUAUGAGAGUCUCAUCAAUACGCUCCUGGAGAAUCAGAUCAUGCCCAUUGUAACCCUUUAUCACUGGGAUUUGCCUCAGGUUCUUCAGGAGAAAUAUGGCGGAUGGCAGAACAGCAGCAUGGUCAGUUUAUUUAAUGACUAUGCCAACCUGUGCUUUGAGAGAUUUGGUAAUCGAGUUAAACACUGGAUCACCUUUAACAACCCAUGGUCAAUUGCAGUGGAAGGUUAUGAGACUGGUGAACAUGCUCCUGGACUGAAACUGAAAGGCACUGGCGCCUACAAGGCUGCCCACAACAUCAUUAAGGCUCAUGCUAAAGUUUGGCACACAUAUGACAUCCAAUGGCGAAACAAACAGAAAGGAAUGGUGGGCAUCUCUCUGUCUACUGACUGGGGGGAGCCGGUGGACAUCACGAAUCAGAGAGACAUCGAAGCAGCCGACAGAUACAUGCAGUUUUACCUGGGAUGGUUUGCAGCACCGCUCUUCAGUGGAGACUAUCCUCAAGUGAUGAAGGAAUACAUAGGAAGGAAAAGUGCACAGCAGGGCUUGGGGAGUUCCCGUCUGCCCACUUUCAGCCCACAUGAGAAAAGCUACGUCAAAGGCACCUGCGACUUCCUGGGAAUCGGCCACUUCACCACACGCUACAUCACACAGAAGAACUUCCCCUCAAACCAUGGAAGUACUUACUUUACUGAUCGGGACUUAGCUGAGCUAGUAGACCCACUCUGGCCUGAUCCUGGCUCUGAAUGGCUUUACUCAGUGCCAUGGGGCUUCCGUCGGCUGCUUCACUAUGUGAAGACACAGUAUGGAAACCCUAUGAUAUAUGUGACAGAAAACGGCGUCUCAGAGAAGAUAGCGUGCACUGACCUGUGUGAUGAAUGGAGGAUGCAGUACUUCAGGGAUUAUAUCAAUGAAAUGCUUAAAGCUGUAAAUGAAGGGGUAAAUGUGAAAGGAUACACUGCGUGGUCUCUGCUCGACAUGUUCGAAUGGGACGAGGGCUACUCCGAGCGGUUCGGACUUUACUAUGUGGACUUUGGAAGCAAAAAUAAACAACGUUACCCAAAAGCCUCUGUUCAGUUCUACAAACGCAUCAUCAGCUCCAAUGGCUUUCCCAAUCAGAGAGAAAUCGAGAGCUGGAAAAGGAAAGCGACGGAAACCUGCACCUCCAGUAAUCAGCUUCUAGCAGCAGAUCCACUGAGCAGCCACAUGGAGCUGGUGACGGAGAUUGUGGUUCCUACCGUAGGUACCGUCUGUAUUCUCCUCACAGCCGUUUUCUUCAUGUUCCUCCUGAAAAGUCGGCUCUGAGAUCCUGAAUUGUGCAUCUGUCAGUCCUUUCUGUUCUUCUGAAGCAAAUUCCUCCCUUCCUUAUCUCCAACUGCUGAGUUAUUGAAUACUUUCUGUAUGAUAUUAAACUCUCAGUGGGAAAGUUAAAGGCUUGCUGUUUGAUCUGACGUGAAGGCUGAAUUUUGGACUCUUCAUGUGGCUACAGACAUUCUGGGUUAACAUUUGAUACUGCAAUUCUCUGAGAGCUCAUAGUGAUAGUGGGUAUAUGGGAAUGCAACAUGUAACAGCAAUAACUCAAAUAAAGGUUAUAACCCUGUAUUUUGUUUCAUUUUCUCUCAUGUUGUAUGUCUUUAAACAACUUCUAAUUCAUCGUUCAGUGAAACUAAACUCAGUUUAACAAUUUGUCUGCUAUAAAGAAUUUGCAACAAAUAAAUUACAUCAUACAUUCAGUGUACACACACAGUAUGU